AAUGGGUCCAGAAGAGAAACUUAACACCACGUUUGUUCGCCCUGCAAGGUUCUAUCUCGGCUUGCAGUCAUGGACGCUUGUCACAAUGGCAUUUGACAGAUUAAUAGCGAUUUGCUUCCCUCUAAGGUACCAUAGUAUUGUUACUAAACAAACUAUUGGUGUGAUGCUGAUGUUUUCAUGGGUUGUUAUUACAGGUGCAUUGACAUGCCUUGUAAAGCUCAUUGAUCGUCUGUCAUUCUGUGGAUCUUUGGUGGUGAAGGGUUUUUUCUGCGAUCAUCCCUCUGUUUAUCGCCUGGCUUGCAAUGACAACUCUAUGAAUAACAUAGUAGCAUAUAUUUGUUUCCUUGCACUCGCCUUUAUACCUCUUAUAUUGAUAGCUCUGACAUAUGUUUGUAUUUCAGUAGCACUGAAUAGGAUUACAUCAGGAGAGGAGCGACUUAGAGCUUUCAAAACUUGUUCAUAUCAUCUGAUUCUUGUGGCUAUUUUCUUUUUGCCAGUUCUUUGCAAUAACAUAAUCUCAUUGUCUUCUUAUAUUCAUCCUAAUGUCAGGAUUAUUAACGCCUCUCUGACACUCAAAAUACCAGCACUGCUUAACCCCAUUGUGUACGCUUUAAAGACAGAGGAAGUUCUUAACUCUACCAAGAAGCUUAUCAAAAGAAAGAAGAUAAAUAAAGCUACCAAAAAAUAA